UCAGACCCUGGUACAAGCACUCAGACAGCCAGCUUACAAAGAUAAAAGGAGGGCAAAAGAAACAUGUUUUAGAGUGACUGAAGGAAGCACUUAGGCCUCAGCCGGGAGUUCAGGGCGGAUUGCUUUUUGGGAGUGCCUGCUGAGAAAUUCUUGCUUUUGGUUCUAGAUGUUGGAGAAGAUUUAGCCUGAAAACCACAAGAAAUCAAGAGGAUUUCCUUGAAAGCAGAUAAGAAGGAAAUAGAGGAGGAGAUAAUGAAAGAAUGAGGAUGUAUACUCAGUGUGAGCCUGACAACUGAGCAGUAAGAGACUUUGUUUGAAUUUAUGGUGAACAAAAGCAAACACUGGUUGUUUGAAAAAGCCUGCUGAGAGAGGAGCUGCUGAAGGAUAGGAUUUCAGGGAGAACCGCCUUACUAGCCUUGCUCGAGCAAUUUCACAGUCUAAUUUCGGCUUCAGCUUCCUGAUUUUCUCAAGGAAACUUUGUCAGUGUCAGUCAUGUCAGAGGAAAGAGAGUUGACCUACAGCGAAGCCAUUGAGAAGGCCAGCGACUCCAUCACUCGCUUCCCUCUCAUCCCAAUCAGAGGGGUUCCUCUCAUGAGCUACAUUGCCGAGAACUGGGACUCCAUCUGGGCUUUCCGUCCUGACCCCUCAGACCUCCUCAUCGCCACCUACCCCAAAGCAGGGACAACGUGGACCCAGGAGAUAGUUGACUUGCUCUUUCACAACGGAGAUGAAGAAGUCUGCAAACGAGCCCCCAUACCCGUCCGCAGUCCUUUCCUAGAGAUCUUCUCCCCACCACCCAUCCCCUCAGGUCUUGAUCUUCUGAGCAAAAUGGACCCCCCAAGAGUUAUCAAGACACACCUUCCUUUUCAGCUGGUGCCUCCUGGGUUUUGGGAAAACAAGUGCAAGGCUAUCUACGUGGCACGCAACGCCAAAGACAACCUUGUGAGCUACUAUCACUUUGAUUGUAUGAAUCUGACCCAGCCUGAGCCUGGGCCCUGGGAAGGCUACAUCCACAAGUUCAUGCAAGGGACAUUGUCGUGGGGCUCCUGGUACGACCAUGUGAAAGGUUACUGGAAGGAGAGAGAGAAGAGGAACAUCCUUUACCUCUUCUAUGAAGACAUGAAAGAGGUAAUGAUGCUCAACAUUUGGACACUAAACACAGUUACAAUGUUAUCAAAACUUGCUGAGUGUACCCCUACAAUAUUUUUAUUCCCCCAGAAUCCUCGGCGUGAAGUGGAGCGCAUCAUGAAGUACCUGGACUUAUCGCUCCCUGAUGAGGUCAUCACUCGCAUCGUGGAGCUGACAUCUUUUAAGAACAUGAAGGAGAACCCGAUGGCCAACUACUCCUUCAUCCCAUCACCUGUUUUUGAUCAAACCAUCUCUUCCUUCAUGAGAAAAGGUGAAGUGGGUGAUUGGACAAACCAUUUCACACCUGAGCAGUCCAAGCAAUUUGAUGAAGAUUAUGAAAAGCAAAUGAAGGAAGCCAACAUACCAUUCAGGACCCUCAUCUAAUGGAUUUUUGGGUUUUUCCAAAUUGAUGCAGCUCUGCAAACCAAAGACCAAUGAACUGACACUGUGCAGCACUCAAACGGCAGAAAUUUGACACUGGCUCAAAACCAAAUCGAUGAAUAAAAAGAAAAAUUGCUUAAUUCACUUCUCAAGCCUAGCUGUUAAACACUGCGCCUCUCAAUGUGUAGAUGCAGAGGAAAUAUAUGUCUUAAGGAUCAAUAAAAAUGUACUCCACAAUACAA